AUGCUUUUAAGCUCAGUUGCACGUUCAAAACUACCGAAAAAGCGCCGACGUGUUCUACCCGUCGAACAACCCAGAAGGAAACGCGAUGCUGGCGCUUCCAAUCGUCGUGUUAACGCUGUGAAACAUCCAGUUGUAUUGAAGGAACUUUCAGAGGAAAAUAAAUUCGGUGUAAACGGCAUGAACAUGAUCAGUCUAGCCCUUCAAGCACCAACCACAAACCUUCUCCGACCACCGACUACUACCACCCUGCCGCUCCAAGCACGAGCCCCAAUAGUCGAGAGUCCUGUUAUCAACAUGCAGUCUGGAGCGAUAUCAUUAGCAUCAUUACAACCACCUCUAAUGACUGCCCCACCCUUGCAACCAAGACCUGCAACCACCGGUUCCCUAGACCUGAUGUUGCCACUGCAACCAAAGUUGCUGCCAGGCUACAAUCUACAAUCGUCAUUCCUGUCCAGCACCCUUUCGACAGUCCGACCACCAGAUGCUGAGAAAAAAGACGAUAUAUUCAAACCAAGAGUUGAAAUAAUCGUAGAAAAGAGAGAAUCAGAGGGCAGUGAUAUUCUAGAAGAAUCAAAUAAAACAGAUAUAAAUGAUUAUAGUGAGUCAAGUAAUCAUAAUAUAUCUGAUGUAGUUGAUAAUGGUAAUGUGAUGAAAGACGAAAUUAAUUCGAAUCUUAUAGACACUAGUAGUAUUGUAAAUUCUGAUAUAAAUGAUGAUAGUCCGAACAACAAUUCUUAUUAA